AUGUCUGAUUCUCACAAGUUCACUCCUUUGGCGCUGCCUCCCAAGGUGACCCUCGCCGAUUUCAAUAAAUUCAUCGAAGAGAUAACCAUACUCGUUGGUGUCGAGAAUGUCGACAUCAUUACGUCCAAGGAUCAAAUUGACGACAAGUCAUACAUGGAUCCGACAUAUACACACGACCCUCACCAUGUGAUGGAGCAGGAUUAUUUCCUUGCCUCUGCGGUAGUAGCGCCUCGAAAUGUUUCCGACGUUCAAGCGAUCGUCCGACUAGCUAACACGCUGUCAUUCCCCCUUUGGCCGAUUUCCAUCGGACGAAACUCUGGAUAUGGCGGUGCUGCGCCUCGUGUAUCAGGCAGUCUGGUGCUCAACAUGGGCAAAAACAUGAACAAAAUUCUAGAAGUCAAUGUGGAGGGCGCAUACUGUCUUCUAGAACCAGGUGUAACUUUCCAAAUGCUGUAUGACUAUCUCGUCGCCAAUAACCUACAAGACAAACUCUGGAUCGACACCCCUGACAUCGGCGGUGGUUCUGUCCUUGGAAAUACAAUGGAACGCGGUGUGGGCUACACACCGUAUGGCGACCACUGGAUGAUGCACAGCGGUAUGGAAGUCAUUCUUCCCAAUGGCGAACUUCUACGAACAGGAAUGGGGGCUCUCCCAGACCCUAGCCGUCCAGAGACAACAGGUCUCAAACCAGAAGAUCAGCCGUGGAACAAGACAGCCCAGCUAUUCAAUUAUGGAUUCGGUCCAUAUGUCGAUGGGAUCUUUACCCAGUCGAACUUUGGUAUCGUGACAAAGCUUGGGAUGUGGCUAAUGCCUAAUCCAGGUGGGUAUCAGUCUUACCUUGUAACCAUUCCCCGGGAAGAGGACUUGAAGCUGGCAGUUGAUAUUAUCCGCCCGCUUCGGUUGAACAUGGCGCUUCAAAAUGUUCCUACCAUCCGGCAUAUCUUGAUGGAUGCCGCAGUCAUGGGGCCCAAGAAGGAUUAUACCUCGAAGACCGAGCCACUCGGAGAGGAAGACUUGGAUGCAAUUGCCAAGAAGCUCAAACUUGGCAGAUGGAAUUUCUACGGAGCACUUUAUGGCCCCGAACCGAUUCGAAAUGCCCUUUGGGCCGCCGUCAAAGAGGCCUUUUCCGCCAUACCGGGCGCUCAGUUCUUCUUCCCGGAGGACACACCCGAGAACUCGGUCCUUCGCAUCCGACACAAGACCAUGCAGGGUAUCCCGACGUACGAUGAACUCAAAUGGAUAGACUGGCUUCCCAACGGAGCUCAUCUAUUCUUCUCACCAAUUGCCCCGGUCCAAGGAAAGGACGCGAUGGAGCAAUACGCCGUAACGAAGAAGAGAUGCCACGAAGCCGGUCUAGAUUUCAUCGGAACUUUCACGAUUGGCAUGCGAGAGAUGCAUCACAUUGUCUGUAUUGUAUUCAACAAAAAGGAUGCCGCACAGAAGAAAAAAGCACACUGGCUGAUCAAAACACUUAUUGAUGAUUGUGCUGCUAAGGGUUGGGGAGAGUAUCGGACGCACUUGGCUGUCAUGGAUCAGAUUAUGGGUACCUAUAAUUGGAAUGAUGGAGCCUUUUUGAAAUUCAAUGAGCUUCUGAAGAAUGCCAUUGACCCUAAUGGGAUUAUGGCGCCGGGCAAAUCGGGUGUAUGGCCUCGCCAAUACCAGAAGAAUCAGUGGAAGCUUUGA